AUGCGCAUGCAGUUCAAUGCUGGGCGCGAGGGCACGGCAGAUGCGAGCAAGUGCACGAAGGAGAAGAUAGGCACCGAUGGCAAAACGGACGGCGAGGAGGACGAGAGUCCGUUCGCCCACAUGGACACCAUCCUGCUCCCAGAGGACAGCGUCAAGGGCGUCUGCACGUAUAAGGCGAAGCGCAGAAAGGCCAAGAGUCAGGUCGAGGGCUCCGAGCCCCCGGUGAAGCUCAGAAUGGCACGAUCUUGGACCAACCAGAUGCUGAAAGACCGCGGGGUGCAGCCGUCGCCGUUCGCGAAGGACGACCUAUGA